AUGACUUCUGAAGUAUCAUCAUCAUCAUCGUCUAAUUCAAAAAAACGUCGAAUAAUGAUUAUAACUGCUGAUGAAAGUAUUAUUGAAGAAAUUGAAAAAAAUAGUAAUACAACAUUAUUUAAAGCGAUUAUAUUGGAUUCUAAUGAUAAUAAUAUUGAAUUAUCUCAUUCAAAUAUAAAACAUAUUCUACCUGAAGUUCAAUCAUCAAAUAAUAAGAAGACAAAAAAUAGUUUAUUAACAUGUGUUGUUUGUGGUUCAUCAGCAAAUGGAUAUAAUUUUGAUGCUAUAUCAUGUGAAAGUUGUAAAGCUUUUUUUCGUCGAAAUGCUCUUAAAGAUCCAGCAACACUUGAAUGUCGUCGUCAUGGUAAUUGUGAUAUAACACUUGAAACACGUCGUCGUUGUUCGGCAUGUCGUUUAAUAAAAUGUCUAAAUAGUGGCAUGAAACGUGAUCGACUUUUAACAGCUGAACAAAGAGCAGCAAAACGUCGUAAAAUAGAAGAAAAUCGAACAUUAACAUUAAAAACAAAUGAAAAUAAUCAAAAUUUAACAUCAGAAAUUAAACAAGAAAAAUCUCAAUCAUUAUCAUCUCCAUCUAAAUCAGAAGGUACAAAUCUUCUUCUACUUAAUGAUUAUACUGAUCUUCUACCAAAAACAACAACACAACAAACACGAACAUUACUUAGUGCAGAAGAAUUACAACGUGUAGAAACAAUACAAAUUUCAUUUGAACAACGUAUUGAACUCGCUGCUCGUGAUGGUCUUCCAUGGAAUCCAUCGAUUCAUACGAGUACUCUAUUACAACAUCUCAAUGCUCGUUCAGUAUCAGCUAUGAGACUUUUAUCAUUUUUCAAACAAAUACCUGAAUUUAAUGAAUUAAAUGUUCAAGAUCGAGUUACAUUAGUUAAAUACAAUUUAAUGCCACUUUUUAUAUUAAAUUGUACACUUGGAUAUAAUAGAGAAAGUCAAACAAUUAUUGAAACUGAUUCUGAUGCUCCUUGGGAUUCAUCUAUAUUCAUGAAAGUUCAUGGUUAUGAUAUAUAUAAUCAAGCUAGAAAAAUUUUCGAAUCAUUUGUACGAAUUGCACAAUAUGAUCAACGUAUAAUACAAGUAGCACUUAUUAUACUUAUUCUAACAAAAGGUUUUUCUGCAAAUGAUAAUUCAUGUGAACCUAUACUUGAUGAUGGUAUAGCUGUAUAUCGUGCACAAAAUUAUUAUACAGAACUUUUAUGGAAAUAUUUAGAAACAAUACAUGGUUAUGGAAAAGCUAUUCAGAUAUUUAAUGAACUUGUUGCUCAUUUUAUGUCAUGGCAAAUGCUUCAAAGAUAUCUUCAUCGUAAUCUAUGUAAUGUAUUAACACCAACAGAAAUGAAUGAAUUAUUACCGAUUAUGAAAUCAUUAUUACAUAUUCCAUAA